UUCCUUUGAGCUUUUCUUCUAUCCUCGUUCUUCGCUCUUCACUCUUCGACAACAUUUUAAACAUGUCUCGCUUCAGCUCUCUCUUCAUCAUCCUUGCGGUCGCCGUCGGUCUCUCUGCAGCAGCUACUUGCCCUGCUAGAGACAACGAUGGCUCCCCGCUCCUCCGCUCCUCAAACGACGGCAAUUUUGUCACUUGCGUCUACCAGGCAGCGAGAACCUGCACUUACUUCGAGAAUGGAGGCUUCUCCUCCGGGUCGAGUGUCUGCCCCAGCAGUAUCCCUGCGCGCCGUGCUUUGGCGGAGAGGGCGCCAGACGCCACUUGCUCGGCCACCGACGACGACGGCUCUCCCCUUCUCAGCUCGUCUAACGAUGGCAACUUUGUCACUUGUGUCUACCGCGACGCUGGAACCUGCACUUACUUCGAGAACGGAAGUUUCUCCUCUGGGUCGAGCGUUUGCCCGGAUAGCAUUUCUGCUGCCGUAGCCGCAGCUACUUGCCCCCCGAGGGACAAUGACGGAGGCAGGCUCCUCAGCACCUCCAACGAUGGGAACUUCGUUUCGUGCGACUAUGCGGAUGCUGGGCUUUGCACUUACUUUGAGAAUGGAGGCUUCUCGUCGGGCUCGAGCGUUUGCCCUAGCAGCAUCCCUGCCAAACGCAGCAUCACCUCCGCCAAGUUUGGCCGUGCUUACAAUGCUUGAGCGAUCCUCGAGUAAUUCCGGCAGAAGGCAGUGAUGUAUUGCUUUUCUUGCCCCAAGGUUCCUUUCGAAUUGUCAUGGAUUAUCUUCGACUCGGAUAAUGUUUGUGU